UUCAAUACCAUUCUCUUCCUCCAAAUUCCAUUUGUCAGCCUAUAUUGUAUUGUUCUGUUCUUAGCGGGCCUUCCUAACCCGCAACCCCUCCCUGCUCCAUCGCCAAUCAAUGCGACACAUCCACGGCUUGAAGAGGAAUCGCCUAAUCGCGUCCGCAUACAAAUUAUCAACAAAUAAAACGCCGUAAACAGUCAUGGCCGAACCACCAUCCUCGCCACCGAGCGAGCAUGCCACCGCCGAGGAAUCCCUCUCCUGGUACAAGAGGCAAUAUGAACAACUAUGCGACGAGCUCUCCGAGUUUCGGCAGUCUAGCCAUGAGCUGGAAGCCGAGCUUGAGAAGGAUCUAGAUGCUGCAGAUAAGAGACAGAGCGAGUUGGAGCAGAAGGUGGAAACUUUACAGUUUGCGACGGAUGAGUGGAAGGAGAAAUGCAAGAAAGCGAAGGCCGAGGCGAAUGCCGCUCAGAAUACAUUGGAGAAGGAGAUUACGACCCUCCGAGAUGCUAACCGGAGCUUACAGCUGACGCUGCGAGACAUUGAAGUCGCAAACGAUGAUUUCGAGCGCCAGGCCAGAAACACAACCUCAUCUCUCGAAGACAUGGAAUCUAAGUACAAUGUCGCUAUUGAAAGGACUGUCAUGAUGGAAGAAGAGAUCAAGAUAGGGGAGCAAGAACGAGAAGCUUUGCGCAUCGAAGCCCAAAGACUGCGAGAGGAGCUUUCAGACCUCAAGAUCGAAGCCGAAAUCAUGCAAGACAAGAUCAAAAAGGCCGAAAAUCGCCAUCUCUCUGCCAUCUCUACUGAUAUCUCCAUUCCUUACUCGGAUGCAUACGAGGACUCGCCACGGUCCACGGCAAGCUCGCCUAUGAUCAGCACGCCUCCCGAUGAGCUGUCUCUCCCGCCUGUCGGCAAACUCCCGCAAGUCUUGAAUGAGCCACCUUCACCUCCCAUGUCUGACGCCUCCGCGCAUCUACCCAGACCAUCUUCAAAGCUCAAGACGCCAGCGCCCAUGCAGAAGAGGUCUCGUAUCCCCUCCGCAGAUCGCAGUACUACCCCGAAGCCCAGGAGCCUCACAGCCGGGAGCGUGCGUCCACCUGGUGCGCGCUCUGUUACUACCACACGCACGCCUGCGCCGACUCGCACUACUACCAACCGCGCUGCUUCUCACAAGUUGCCGCCCUCUACAUCUCUCACUCAUAUCCGCUCCCUCACGGCUCAGAUGCAACGUCUCGAGGCCCGCGUCCAAUCAGCAAGAUCCAAACUACCAGCCCCUGUCUAUACACCACCACGUGCUUCACCCAGAUCCUCUGUUCAAGGAGUUCCACAAAUACCUUCAACAGUCACUAUGCGAUCACGUAAGCGCACUGUCGGCUCUGUUGCAUCGUCUAUGACGGAGGAGACCCCGACGCAAUCCACGAAUACUGCCGGGAUGGGCAAGCACACUGGUCGACUUAGUACGUCGGGCGUGUCGCGGCUAUCCUUCGGCCCUUUACCUAAUAGAUCGAAUAACUACGACCCUGAUAGUUCGGUUAUGGGUAUUUCGCGUCCAAGCAGUCGGGCUAGUGUCUCGGGUUAUGCUAGACCUGAGAGACCCCCGAGUCGAACUGAUAUUCCACGCCCUCUGUCCCGUACUAGUAUGUCGGGCGCGAGGACACCGAUGGGUUUACGCCCAAGAAGUUCUAUGAGCGGUAGUCUUCAUGGACACUCUCAAAGCAUAAGCCAUAUCGAAUUCGAUGAGAUGGACGAGCGCACACCCAGCCGCAGUGGCAUUCCGGCACCCAGUGGCAUUCCCUUAUCGCGACGGCAAAGUGGCGGGCUUAACUCAUCCAUCCGGAGAGUCAGCGGCGGCGGGGCCAAUGAUGGUACCCGGUCCAGACGGCUGAGCGAUCUGGGGGAGACAUAUUAAUCUCCUCGCCCUCCCUUUGGUUAAUGACUCUCUUCUCCAUCUCCAUAUUAUAGGUCUCAUCAUCUACCCCGGUCUCCCGUUCACGUAAGGCGUUCUUGCUUGCAUCUGAGAAUGGCGUCCGGCUAGAUUGGUGAGGCGCUGACGGCGUUAUGAGGUUACGAAACGGCUAGCAUAUAUCCCUCAGGCUUUGCGUACUAUUCCCCGUGU